GGAAACACAGCUGAUGUGAGUCUUCAUCCGAACAUCUGCAAGUAUCCGAGCAGGCUGGGUGUCCUGCAGCCCUGGUCCUUCUCUGCCAGCCCUGCUCCAAUCCUCCAAUCCUCCACAGACUUUCCCCCUGACUGGCUCCUCAUUUCUUUAUUUCUAAGGGACAGAUAGGGCGGAAUAAGGACCGGGCAUGGCUGUAGUCUGGUAAAAGAGGAGGGGGUCCAGCACAGAGGGGCAGUUUCUCUGCAAGAGGCGAGGAAUGCAAUCUGAGCAUCAAUGUUUCACUGGGGCAAGUGGAAGAAGAGGAUGGGAGUCAAUAGUUCUUCUAAGAGACCCGUCUUCGACGAAAAGGAGGAUGUGAACUUCGACCACUUCCAGAUACUACGGGCCAUCGGGAAAGGGAGCUUUGGAAAGGUAUGCAUAGUCCAAAAGAGGGACACGGAGAAGAUGUACGCCAUGAAGUACAUGAACAAACAGCAGUGCAUAGAGAGAGAUGGUCGAAACGUCUUUAGAGAGCUUGAGAUCCUACAGGAAAUUGAACAUGUUUUUUUAGUAAAUCUCUGGUACUCGUUCCAGGAUGAGGAGGACAUGUUCAUGGUGGUGGACCUCCUGCUGGGGGGAGACCUGCGCUACCACCUGCAGCAGAACGUGCAGUUCAGCGAGGACGCCGUCAAACUCUACCUGUGUGAGAUGACGCUGGCGCUGGACUACCUGCAGAGCCAGCACAUCAUCCACAGAGAUGUCAAGCCAGACAACAUCCUCUUAGAUGAACAAGGCCACGCUCACCUGACGGACUUCAACAUCGCCACCAUAAUCAAGGACGGCGAGCGAGCCACGGCGUUGGCCGGAACCAAGCCUUAUAUGGCCCCAGAAAUCUUCCAGUCCUUCGUGAGCGGCGGUACCGGCUACGCCUUCGAGGUGGACUGGUGGUCCCUGGGGGUGACGGCCUUCGAGGUGCUGCGUGCAUGGAGGCCGUACGACAUCCACGCCAGCAACUCUGUGGAGUCGCUGAUCCAGCUGUUCAGCACCGUCAGUGUCCAGUACAGUCCGGCCUGGCCCAAGGACCUGGUCUCCCUGCUGAGGAAGCUGCUGACAGUCAACCCGGAGCAUCGUUUCUCCAGCCUGUCUGACAUGCAGACGUCUCCGUACCUCGCUGACGUCAACUGGGACGCCGUCUCUGAGAAGAAGAUGGAGGCUGGAUUCGUCCCUAAUAAAGGUCGGCUCCACUGCGACCCCACCUUUGAGCUGGAGGAGAUGAUCCUGGAGUCGCGCCCCCUUCACAAGAAGAAGAAGAGGCUGGCCAAGAACCGCUCUCGAGACAACAGCAAGGACUCCCAGUCGGAAAACGACUACCUCCAGGAAUGCCUGGACGUGGUGCAGCAGGAGUUCAUGAUCUUCAACCGUGAGAAGUUGAAAAAGCGUCAGGAGGGUCAGCCGGAGGCCGGCGCCGACGAUGGCGAGGGGGAAGCUGAGGCCGGAGCCACGGACGAGGACGCCCCCGACCCGGAACCAGAGCCAGAACCAGAGCCCGAGUCCUCCUCCAAACUGAGCAUGUGCGGCUCCGUCUGCUCCUCCCCCGGUAGCUGCUAGCGCCGCGCCGCCUCCCGGCGACAGACCUCUCAGGCCGCUGCAGCGUUCGUGCCGCGCCGACAGAACGGCAGAGGAACUGCAGCAGGACCCGAAACGGCUCUCCCUCCGCGUCCCGUUGCUUUCUCUUCCCGUAGCAUCCCCCCUCCUCCCCCCGAUUAGGCAUGAAGGAGGCCGGGCGCAGAGUCCCGCUGCUGCGUCCGUCCUCUCAGCUCUAUCUUCUAUGCAACGUAACAUUAUAGCAUGACUAGUAAGGUUUCACUCACCGGUAGGUGUCGCUCCUCGGCAGGAAGCUCCACGUGCAUGAUGACAUCAUUCAGGCCCCUCCCCUUUUCUGACCACCCUCCCCCUUUCUGACCACCUCCCCCUUUCUGACCGCCUCCCCCUUUCUGACCGCCUCCCCCUUUCUGACCGCCUCUCCUUUUCUGACCGCCUCCCCCUUUCUGACCACAUCCCCUUUUCUGACCACCUCCCCUUUCUGACCACAUCCCCCUUUCUGACCACAUCCCCUUUUCUGACCGCCUCCCCCUUUCUGACCGCCUCACCCUUUCUGACCGCCUCCCCCUUUCUGACCACCUCCCCUUACUGACCGCCUCCCCUUUUCUGACCGCCUCCCCCUUUCUGACCGCCUCCCCUUUUUUGACCGCCUCCCCCUUUCUGACCACCUCCUCCUUUCUGACCACCUCCCCUUUCUGACCGCCUCCCCCUUUCUGACCGCCUCCCCCUUUCUGACCGCCUCUCCGUCCCAGAUCUGAUUGGGACGACUGAAUUAUUCAGCACCUGAAGACGUUAAGCCGGGCAUACACUGUGCGAUUAUCGGCUCGUUUUGAGCCGAUUUUCCAGUCGUGCGACUAUUUUUUGGAUCGGGACGGAUUUUGACCCAAUCGUUGCUCGUGCCUCGUGCAGUAAACGUGGGGUAACGACGAGAGAUUAACACCUCACGACGAGAGAUUAACACCUCACGACGAGAGAUUAACACCUCACGACGAGCUCCCGAUCACAAAUCGUGAGGUCGCAAGAAAAUCAAGCGUAUUUGAAAUCCUGGUCGCUCCUCGUGAAGGCAUCGCACAGUUGAAGCAGCUACGACCCGAUUGGACUCAUCCUUUCACAGAGAGCAUGCGCAAUCUCUGAUGUCACGUAUUAUUUGUAGUUUAAGUGUUGCAAAUUCACAUUACAAAUCACGUUUUAAUAGCAGAAAAAAAGACCGCAUUUCCCACGUACGGUGCGCGUCGCCGCGUAGCCUACGCCGUAGGCUAUGCGUUGGUGUAACGCGGAACCAUAAUUCAGUCUUCAGUGUGUGCUCUGCGCUGUUCGUAACACUCUGUUGUGCUCAUUUUGCUCGGACGCCGGGUCCCUCCGCCUAGACAAAACUUUUGCAGUAUACGUUCAUUGUUGUGUCUAAAAAUGAUGCACAGUGCCCACCCAAUCAGAAACGGUACAGAUAUUUUGGGAUUUUUUGUAUAUAUAUAAAAAAAUGUAAUUAUAAAAAAAUAAAGGAUCCCAUAACCUUUGAUCAGGUGGGCAGGACGCACAUUUGGGUUGGAACAGCCCACCCCUGCCCCAAAACCGGCUUCGAAUUCCAGUACACAGAGGUCCGACAGGAGGAUUAUAAUCGUAUAGUGUGAGCAGACGGGUCGCAUCCGAGCAUCGGCUCGUACAGUGUGAGAACAUAAAUCGUGGGCUGUGAACUUUUGAACUCCGCGAUCUAGUCGUGCAGUGUGAGAUGGGGCUGAAUCAAACGAUUUAAAAUAUCGCACAGUGUAUGCCCAGCUUUAGUGCUCGCGCGUUCACCCCCGCCCCCGUGCCGUGCGCCCUGAUCCGGGGGUGGGGGGCGGCUGGUUUCAUGUCGUGAACCUGUUUAAAGUUGUGCCUGUUGAUGAUAAUCAGUAUUCAGUAAUCAUAUUGUAGCCAUGGACGUGUCGUAGGUCAGGCUGAGAGGUCUUCAGGGUGUCAGUAACCAUGACAACGAUGGAGUAUUAUUGAGAAGAGAACGCCAAAACUCUGUUUGUCACGACCCCCCCCGCCCCCCUCCUCCUGUAGAGCUUGUACGGGGCUAAACGUGUAGCCGUGCCAGGUGGUAACACCUGAACAUAUGUAGCAAGAUACAACCUUAAAGUCCUGCGGCCUGACUGACUAAAUGUAAAUAGCACACCGUGUACGUGAGUAAACUCACCACAGUUUUAUGUGGGACCAAGUACACACCCAGAUGUACGAGCGGCGUGGCGGCCUCACACCGCUUCAUCCUGCUCCUCUUUCCAAGUGUGCAGGCACAACUUGUAGGCAAAGUAUGCCAAAGCUUUUCUACCAUUUGCAUAACCAUUUCUAAGGAACUUUUGAGUGUGUGUGGAUGUGCGCGUCAUUUUCUCUGUGUGACCUCGAGUCCCUUCUUUCUACAAGUCAACGUGUGUGUGAUUAUCAGUCAGAUGUCUGUUUCAGCUGAGAAGGAAACGAGAGGAAUGGCAGCACUCUCGCGUCCGUGCGGAGACGGCAGAGGCGGAGGCGGCCGUGGGAGGCUCCGCCCACGAGACGAUGGAGCCGCCGAUCGGAUUUAACCGUCUUCGUCAAACAACUAUCAGAUCUUUAGGAGGUUUUGGAAAAGUCUGCACUGCAGUUGUUCAGAGGUUGGAGAAAGUUAUAUAAGUUAGUUUAAUGAGGUUAUUUAAGUUUAAUUUUGUUGCAAGUUUCAAACUAGGAAUACAAAUGCUGGAUUUAUUGAUUUGAGGUUUAAGAUAUGCGCUAGGUAAAACAUAAACUUUUCCACUAUUGCAAAGCUCUAAUCAAUAAGCGGCUACAGGCUGAUCCUGCCUUCAGGCUCUUUUGCUUCUCGGUGAACUAAAGUUAAGAACUUAUAAAAUGAAAUAUCACAAAGUCAAAAAACAGCUGAGCUUCUUUUUGCUGUUUUAAAAUAACAUGAUAAAUGAAAGCUGAAGAAAACAAAAGCACAACACAUUCUCCAUAGUGUGCAUUGUGACAUUAGGAGGUUAAAUCUCGGAGGUCCGUGAUGCUGUCUGGAGUCAGACGUCCUCACAAGUCCAGUAAAUCAGCAUCGGUUGGGUUUCCGUACCGUAAAAGCCCAGAAAAUAUGGCAAGCCAAACGGGACAAAAAAAACAUCCGCUUCCCUAAGUGGCCUAUGAAAAGAAGCAAUGGGGGAAUAAAACAGCAUUUAGUGUCAAGAACUGCGUUUUUUUUUGUUUGUAUGUUUUUAUUGUUGUUUUUUGUGUCUGUAUAUUUAAUUUAAUGUUUUGUCCUUUUGAAUGUAUGCAUUAGAUCGCUAACAAAACGUCAAUUAAUGGGGAAAAAUAAAGUUUUAUGCAGGAGAAAUAGUGUUUUCGAUUUAAAGCAUAGUCAUUUAUCUACUCAAAAUUGUUUAUGAACAACACUUCAUACAAAUGAAGUUCACAGCUUUGAAACAUGCACUUUUUUUUAAUGUUCAUAAUGGGCCAAGAUGUUACUUUUAUUGUACUUCUUCACGUCUAUUGUUUGUUUGUUUUUCCUGCUGUGGCUGCUGCAACCCAUUAAUUUCUUGAUAAGAAUCAAUAAAGCAUCUGACGUUAUUUAUCUAGCUGAUUAAUUCACAUUUUAUGACAUUUCAAUCGGCCAAAGUCGAACCAACGCUAAGUGCUGCUAGCUACGCUGUCAGCUGAGUUGACAGUUGGACCCUCUAGUGUCUUUCUAGCUUUCUUUCUGUCUUUUACUUUACAACAAGACAGUUUUUUUUUUACAUUCCUUCUAAUUAUCAAGAAAACAACAUUUUAACACAUAAAAAAGGAAAUGUGUUGUGUUUUUGUAAGAUAACCCACCUAAGUACCGGUGAUGUUUGAUCCUUCUGGCUUGCCAUAGCAUGAAGGCUGUUACCUCCACCCAAACACUCGGAUGGUAAAACUCACUCUGCUUAGACAAAAGCAGGCUUUUACAAACUUAUGGAAAGUGUAACACUCCCUUCAUGCACAUUUAGGGCUUUAACCCUUGUACUGUCUUUGGAUCAAAAUGACCCAAUUCUUCUAUCCUUUUUUCCUCCUGCCAUGCUCUCUCCUUCCUUCUUCCUUUCCUCUUUUCCUCCUUUUUUACCCUCCUUUACUCCUUUUUCUUCCUACCUCCCUUUCGUCAUUUGUUCCUUUAUUACCUUCUUUGCUUUUCCUUCCUUCUUUCUUUCUUUUUCUCAAUUCUUUCCUUCCUUUCUCCUUUCCUUCCAUCUUUUCCCCCUUCUUUCCUCCAUUCCAUCUUUUCUCCCUUCCUUACUCCCUUUCCCACUUCCUUCCUUCUUUCCUUCUUUUCUCCUUUCUUCCUUCUUUUCUCCUUUCUUCCUUCUUUCCUUCUUUUCUCCUUUCUCCCUUCCUUCCAUCUUUUCCCCCUUCUUUCCUCCCUUCAAUCUUUUCUCCCUUCCUUACUCCCUUUCCCACUUCUUUCCUUCUUUCCUUCUUUUCUCCUUUCUUCCUUCUUUCCUUCUUUCUCCCUUCCUUUCAUCUUUCCUCCGUUCCAUCUUUUUUCCCUUCCUUACUCCCUUUCCCACUUCCUUCCUUCCUUCCUUCCUUCCUUCCUUCCUUCCUUCCUUCCUUCCUUCCUUCCUUCCUUCCUUCCUUCCUUCCUUCCUUCCUUCCUUCCUUCCUUCCUUCCUUCCUUCCUUCUUUCCUUCUUUCCUUCAUUCCUUCAUUCCUUCACCCUCCCUUGACCCAAAGACAGCACAAGGGUUAACAUGUCCAGACAGCUGCAUGCCUGCUUCCCCUCAAAAGAUAAAAUAAAGUCAGCAUGUCCAUUAAUCUGUAAAGAUUAAACUGUAGAACACUGUAUAGUGAUCAUUAACUCUGAUUAAUCAUUAGUUGACUUCCCUUCGGGGAUCAAUAACGUGUUUUGAAUUGAAGUUAUCCAUCAGCGAGUCCACGUCGGUGCUGUGGCGAGGCCGCCUUCUCCUCUGCUGAAGAUUAAAAGUCGCUGCGGCGCACGGACACGAGACCGGUUCGGAUCAAUCAAAUCGUUGCCAGAAGGGAAGCAGACGACUGUAUUUCCCAAAAUGUGUAACUAUUUCCUGACUUUAUACCGUACAUCCUGGUCAGUUUCAGAGGUUUUCGUUGAAGGGAUUUAAAAAAAAAAAAGAAGAAAAAAACGGCAUGUUCCAAUGAAUUUGAUUGAAUUUCUUGAGUCCUGUCUCACACGUAUAUAUUUUUUUCUGCAUGCACCUUUGCCAAAGCCUGGAGCUUGAGCCUUACUGGCUGACGUGUGCAUGCACGAAUCUUUGGUACCUGCAUACCUCAAGGCUCACCGGGUCAUCCACACAGUCCAGAAUCACAUUGUUACUGGUUUGCACAACGAUUUUAUGGACAGUUUUAUGAACUUUAGAUGUACAAACCUGAAUAAUCCCAGUGUUGUAUGGACGGCAUGAUAUUCUUAGAUGACAUAUGCAGUAUCUUCUGACAUCCUGUAGGUUGUGUUGAUGCUUUUGUUCAAGUAUAAAACCCAAGGCCCCGGUGGAUGAAGGGGAAUGAGACGCGCUGGUGAGAUACGGCGCUCUGUCGUGGGUCAGUAGUCGCAUCGUUGUCUGUAAGAAAUAUGCUCUUUUCAAAAACAAAAACACUCCCUUCGGGGGGUAAAACGCCGGUUAUGGCGGCUGACGCAGCGGCAGCGAGGGCCCGAGGCGUAGACGGGAUUAUUUUCUGGUUCAUAAGUGUAGCUUCUCUCUUAGUUCCCAGGUUUCUCUGCAGUUCCAGCGUUUCUUACGUGAUAUCAGUGAUCAUCCCACCUGGACAAAAGCUUGCAACCCCCCCCCCCCCAAAUGUGUUCCUUUGUAUUAAUGUUCUGGAUGCAGUUAGAUGUUUUGAAGAAGAUAUAUAUGUAGAGAAUUAAUUAAUUAAGAAAAAAAAAACUACCCACAUUGUGCUUCGACCAGCGACCGCAUGCCUGAGCGAUGCUCUCUCCGGCCCGUCCUGGGGGUUUCUCAGAACUCACCCAGCAGCCAGCGCCACCCACGCCGCAUCGUUCCCUCCCGGUGGUCCUGUUCUCCUGCUGCUGGAUUUUUACUGGGAAUCGACUGAAAAAGCCUUGUUUCUUGUACAAACUGAAACCGCUGUGUUCCAAAACAUGCUGCUUUUAUCGCUUUGAUAAAGAAAUAAACCUCCUU